AUGGCGUCAUCUUCAAACAAUGGAAAUGAUGGUUCUCUUGAUGACAUAUGCGAUGACAGCUUUGAUGACAUAUGUGAUGAACGAUUUGAUGCAAUUUUGGAUCAACGGUUUGAUGAGGUGUUCAACAACUACCUUGCACGACAAGCAUCAAAAAAAGCCAAGAAGAAGAGGGCCUACAUUGAAAGAGAACGCGAGGUGGGACACCAAUGCUUAUGGAACGAUUACUUUAGUGAAAAUGCUACGUAUCCUUCCAACAUUUUCAGACGCCGUUUCAGAAUGCACAAACACUUGUUCAUGCGUAUUGUAGAUCAACUAACCAAUGAAGUGCCUUAUUUUCAACAAAGAAGAAAUGCUUCUGGCAGGUUGGGUCUAUCUGGUCUGCAAAAAUGUACAGCCGCUAUUCGUAUGAUGGCCUACGGUUGUGCCGCAGACGCGUUUGAUGAAUACCUCCGGCUCGGUGAAAGUACGGCAAUUUUAUGUUUGGAAAAUUUCACGGCAGGAAUAAUACAUUGCUUUGGAGAUGAAUAUCUAAGAAGACCCACUCGAGAAGACCUACAACGACUUCUUGAUUUUGGAGAAAGCCGCGGAUUUCCUGGGAUGAUAGGCAGCAUCGACUGUAUGCAUUGGGAGUGA